UGCAGCGUCUGUGUUCUUUGAGAAGGAACUCAUCAAUCAAGUGGUGAUGGAGGGGAAAAGUGUCCUCCUGUCUUGUGAGGUUUCCAAUGCUAACGUUCCGGUCACCUGGAAGAAAGACAACAAAGUCGUGGAAGAAGGAGAGCGCUGUGUCAUAAGGAAAAAAGGCCCCACGCACACGCUGGAGAUCCACAAGUUGCUUCUGGAGGACGCGGGCGAGUACUGCUGCAUCAGCAGAGGCAAGAAGACGGCAGCAAACGUCAUCGUCAGGGAGAGAGUACGCAUCGUCACCGAGCUGCGAGACGUGAGGGUGACGGCAGGAGAGAACGCGGUGUUCGUGUGCGAGCUGAGCCACGCGGCGGUGAGCGAAGGCGUCUGGUGGCUCGGACCCAGUCCUUUGCAGCAGAACGAGAUGAACCAGAUGACCUGCCAAGGUCGUCAGCAGAAGCUGGUCCUCUCCAUGACGACGACGGAAGAGACGGGCACAGUGAUGUUUGUGGUUGGGGACGAGAAAACUUCUGCUCAUCUGACGGUGCUUCCUAAACCCAAGG